GCACGAAUGAAUGAGCAAAUAGCUGCUCAAGCUGUGCGUCUUGAAGCAAUUACUAGCAAGCCACCUGCUGCCCGGAAGGCGGAGCCGCCCAAGUACCACGGUACGCUCAAUGAGGACCUAGAGCUGUGGUUUUUCAUGAUCGAACAAUACUACGCCGACUAUCACCCGAUCAUGGUGGAGAACAGCCCCGCGUUCGUCACCAUGGUGUCGUGCUACCUGGCACCCACGCCUAUGAAUUGGUAUCGGCAGUUUGUGGCCGAGUGUGAUCGAGCCCAAAUUGUCCGAACCUGGGAGACGUUCAAGGGUGCUAUGCGCAAACGU